AGUAGCCCAUACCACGAAAGAUGAAGCUCCAACACUCACUUCUCUACCUUUGUGCAGUCCUAGUUACUGCACUGUCUGAGGACGAGCAGCCUACAGUUUUGAACCCCAGAGGUCCUCGUCCUAGUGAACAUGGGUUUAAGGCUGACAAAUGUGCUACAGAGAAAGAAUGGCCAAUCUGCAUGGAUGAAGACUGGGGUACUAAAUGUCCAUCCGGCUGUCGUAUUCAAGGCCUUUUGGAUGAAACUGACCUAGAGAUCCUCAGCAAGAUAGAAAAGAUCCGCAAUCUGUUGAAUAACGGAAAAUUAAUGCACCGGUCUGCUGAUCAGGAAUCCAAAAACACCUACAGCUAUUUGAGAGACAAGCUUGUCCUCGAUGCUGGUAAUGAUAACAGGUACACCAACUUAGCCGAACAGCUGCGGCAGAGGAUCGUCGACAUAAAGAUUAGAAUUGACCGUCAGCUGAGGUUGAUGGAUGCUCUGAAAUCUCAGGUCAAAAACCAGGUCACCGCAAUGCAGCGUCUAGAGGUUGACAUAGACAUCAAAUUGCGCAGCUGUAAGGGCUCAUGUGCCAGCUACAACAAAUUCUCAGUGGACAAGGAAAGCUACGGGAUACUGGAGAAGCAGAUGGAGCGUCUGGACACUCUGCGUCCUCAGAGCGUGGAGACGGUCAGUUCCCUAAGGGUCAUGAAGAGCAGGCCGAUGAAGGAUGUAGUGGUGCCCUCCAUCUACAAGUCUAAGCCAACCGGAACAGACCAAGCUGAGCAGAGGAGGGCCUUCUUCACUGACGUUGAACAGAUGCAGCUCUCGCUGGAGACCGAGGGCUCUACGGCAGAAACAGCUGCCACCGUCAGCAAAGUCAGCACAGGUACGGGCCCAUCCACACCCAUCUCCACCUCACGUGUGAGCACUCAGAGUCUCAGCUGCACCAAGACCAUCCGUAAAGUGGUGACGCAGACCAAGGAUGGCCUCCAGGAAAGGUUUGAAACAGUGACGAGUGGCGGACCUGGGUGUGAAGCCGUUGGUAAACUCAACAUUGCAGAGAAGGACCUCAUGGCUGCAGCCAAGGAAGGGAAAGAACUGACUCUACCAGAUGGCUCUACGGUCAAAGUGAGUGGCGGAGAAUCAAAGUCCAUUACCACACUUAGCCAUGGCGAUUUAGACUUGGGUGGGUUAGGUGGAGACUUCUUUAAGGGAUUGGGUGGUAAUGGACAGGAACGUAAGUUGUCCUCAUCCUCAUCUUCCUCCAAAACCAUCCUAACAAGUGGAACCAAGGGUUUCAUCUCAGACACUAAAAGCAUUCUUUCAACCGACGACGCUGAUUUCGGAGAGGAUUUUGGAGCAUUCUUGCGCGGUGAGGUGGAAGACGAUCUUCCAGACAUCCACGCUCGAAGUGUGAAGUCCCGCGAUGAGCGCAAAGCUGAUUUUAUUGGCGGAGAUUGUUUUGAUAUCCAGCAGAACCACGCCAAUGGUGGCCAAAGUGGCCUGUUCAAAAUAAAGCCGCCUGGCUCUGAGCAGGUAGCGGAGGUUUACUGUGACCAGGCCACGGGGCUGGGGGGCUGGGUUCUGGUCCAGCAAAGGGAGGACGGAUCUGUUAACUUCAACCGCACAUGGGACCAGUACCGGGUCGGUUUUGGCAAGGUAGACGAGAAGGGGAAGGGCGAAUAUUGGAUUGGGAACAAAUUCUUGCAUCUCUUAACUCAGAAUGAAAGUCUACUGAGAGUGGAGAUGCAAGACUGGGAAGGAAAGGAAGCUUAUGCGGAAUACAACGUCCAAGUGGGUCCAGAGUCUGAGGCUUUCAAAUUAAGUGUGUCUUCAUAUAUUGGAGAUGCAGGAGAUGCACUUUUGAAGGGGCAGGAUAGCAAGGGUUCCUUUAUUUCGCAUGCAGGGAUGAAAUUUAGCACUUUUGAUAAAGACAACGAUCGGGGGGAGGAGAACUGUGCUGAGAUAUAUGGAGGUGGAUGGUGGUACAAUAAUUGCCAUUCAGCCAAUCUUAAUGGGGUUUACUCCAGUCCAGUUAGCAAAACCUCCAAUGAGAUAAAGAAUGGUGUGGUGUGGCAGCCAUUCAGACCAGCCGACUAUUCCCUCAAAGUGGUGAGAAUGAAGAUUAGGCCAGCUUGAAUUCUCAAAUAAAUGAGGAGAGAUGGGAGAAGGAACCAAACUAGGAAGAAUUCUUGUUGUUUUGUUAACAAUUUGCUCACUGUGAUGCUGAUGUAAAUGUGCACCGUCCCAAUGUAACAUUUUACACAAUCAAAUGACCUCAUAUUAUCAAUAAACAAUGAGUUCACUUCA